CCAAAGAUACAGCUCGGUAUGUUCCCAGCUUCACAGGUGGAGACACAGGAAUAGCAAUUUCAAAGAAAGCAGGCAUGACUCCUCUUCAGAUGGAACUGGGUGGAAAAGAUGCGUGUAUCAUUCUUGAAGAUGCUGAUUUGGAUUUGGCAGCAGCUAAUAUCAUAAAAGGAGGCUUCUCUUACAGUGGUCAAAGAUGUACGGCUGUAAAGGUUGUCCUGGUCAUGGAAUCUGUUGCUGACACUCUUGUUGAGAAAGUUAAAGCUAAAGUAGCAAAAUUAACUGUUGGGCCACCUGAGGAUGACUGUGAUAUUACUCCAGUUGUUACAGAGUCCUCUGCUAACUUUAUUGAAGGCUUAGUAAUGGAUGCAAAGCAGAAAGGAGCAACAUUCUGCCAGGAGUACAAAAGAGAGGGAAACCUCGUAUGGCCGUUAUUGUUAGACAAUGUUCGACCUGAAAUGAGGAUUGCUUGGGAGGAGCCGUUCGGUCCAGUCUUACCUGUCAUCCGCAUAAACUCUGUUGAAGAAGGAAUUCGCCAUUGUAAUGGUAGCAAUUUCGGCCUUCAGGGUUGUGUUUUUACGAGAGACAUAAACAAAGCAAUUUUGAUCAGUGAUGCAAUGGAGACAGGGACUGUUCAGAUUAAUUCGGCACCAGCUCGUGGACCAGAUCAUUUUCCUUUCCAGGGUCUAAAGGACAGUGGAAUUGGUUCCCAAGGAAUCACUAACAGCAUAAAUAUGAUGACAAAGGUCAAGAGCACUGUAAUCAACUUACCCUCACCUUCUUAUACCAUGGGGUGAUGUACCCUAAGGAUAUAAAUUACACCUGUUAGUGUAUUUAGGCAUACUAUGCCAAGUGAUAUUAUGUAAGAGAGGAAAAAAAAAACAAGAGGCUUAUGUGGUGGAUCUCCUGAGUAGCCACUGCAAUAUAAAAGCUAUCUGCUUCAGUGGAUCAGUGACUUCCUUGAAGAUGAGGAUCAAGUAUUGCUUGUAUUGUAAUAUAAAGGGUAUGUUUGUUAAUAAAGAGUUUCUGUGUGAA